AUGAUAACAUAUUUCGAUGAAAGAAAGCGUUCAUCUCUUGUUAUUACUGGUCUCAUUUAUACUCAGACUGGUAGAUAUAUUUGCCGUUAUAAAUUGAAACCUUCAAGCACAGCAGAGGUUUAUGUUUAUGUUCGAGAUCCCAAGCAUUUCUUUACAAAAAGCUUCAUCUUUGCUCUUACCACAAGCUUGCGCAAAUGCAUCUUUCAGUGUACAGUGACAGAUCCACAGGUGAAUGUUACCCUCUACAAGGGCAAGAAGAUAUUUGAGAUUGAGGGUCUGACGUAUGACCCAAAACAGGGCUUCAUUAUUCCAUUUCCCACUGCACGAGUCAGUGGAAACUUUAAGUGUAUAGGAAAGCUGAAUAAUGAAACACAAAUUGCUAAUAUCUUCACUCAGUACAAAAAUGUGGAAGACAGUGUUUUUCCUGCAAUAACAUUGGAUCAAAAGCAAUUCAUGGUUGGUGACAAGAUUGAAAUAAAAUGUGAGGUUAUUAUUUCGAAAGGUGGACAAAUUAAUAUGGGCUGGCAGUUACCAUUUGACAGUACAACUUUCAAUGGUUCUGAUGAAAAGCUUCCUCAUCGUAUCAAAGUAUCAAAACCAGCAAGAGAGGUGAAGGAUAAUUUUGAUAUUUACUACAGUUGGAUAAAGAUACAAUCAGCUCGGUUGUCAGAUGGAGGAAAGUAUACAUGUGGUGUUGAAAGUUUUUCUCUACACCUUGCAGAAAUUGAAAUAAAAGUUUAUGAGCAUGAAUUUGCACAUCUCAUGUAUGGAAAUGACAAUGGAACAGUUGAAGUGAAAGAAGGUGAAGAGAAAGUUUAUCUUAUGGUCAGUUUGGAGGCCUAUCCAACACCGACUGUGAUCUGGUUCAAAGAUGGUGUUCGAAUCCAUAAGACUGAUCUAAAGUAUGAAAUAAGAAUAUUUGAUCGUAAUUUGGAUUUAGUAGUUCACAAUGUUGCUAGUUCAGAUGGUGGUGUCUACACUGUUUGGGCCAUCUCUAAUGACAUGAACGAUACCCUCAACAUUACUUUGAAAGUUUAUGGUAAACCAGUUGUGGAAAUAGCCAGCUCUCCACCCUCAAAGGAAUUCUUCUUGAUUGACCAAAAACACACUCUGACUUGCAAUGUGACCUGUAAUCAUGCAAACCACACAGUUUUCUGGAAAUGGCAAGCCUGCAAUCCUGGUAACUGCUCUUCUGAUCCAGAAGCUUGGUCAGUUAUUAAUGAAACAUCAAUUGAAAAACUGGGAAAUUCUGGAUGGAACCCUGUCAGGUUGACAACAAAAUCUUCAAGUAUCAGCACUUUGGAUGUGACGGCUAAAGUACAAGGAAAAUACAUGUGUGAGGCAACAAAUCAAGAAGGAACCACAAGAAAAUUUCUUAACUUCCUUCUUACAGAUUAUCAGAAUGGAUUUAAAUUUUGGUCAUGUAAUGAAAGACCGACAGAAGGUGAUGAAGUAAAAUUAACUUGCAGUGCCAAUCUCUGGAAAUACACGGAUAUGAGCAUGUCAUAUGAAAAAUCUUCUGAUAUGCUUCGUAUUCCUGCCACUUCAACUAGUUUGACUCAUUUGGCAUUUCCAUUAAAUGCAACUUGGGGAGUCAAACUGAAAACCAUCUCAAAAAUGACCAACUAUUCAAGGGUACUGUCAAAAACAUUUGACUCUAUUCAACUUGGUGAUUCUGGUAUCUAUUAUUGUGUUGUAAACUUGUCAAAUAAAGUUGAAGAAAAGGUCAUUCAUCUCAAAGUGAGCAAGAUGUCUCCCCCUGUGUUUGAAAGCAAAAUUGAAGGCACCUUACAUGCCAGUGUGAAUAUGUCUCUGCCACUGACUUGCGAUGUAUCUGGGAGGCCAACACCUGUGGUUCAAUGGUUCUUUAACAAUGAACUCAUUUUGAUAAACAACACUUUAGGAGUAAGGAUAGAAAACAAAGGCCACCAGUUGGUCAUUCCAAGAACAAUGCCAGAACAUUCUGGUGUUUAUAUGUGUACUGCAAAGAACAGGGCCGGAUCUUUGUUUGCAAACGCAACAGUCAUUGUCGGAACAGAAAUAAGAAGAGAUGAGAUUAUGUUGGCUGUCGGGGUUGCUGCGGGUGUUUUCAUUAUCAGUUUGGCAAUUAUUUGCUUUGUAAUCAAGAAAAUAAAGAACAAACAUCAUUUUGAUGACCUGGAAAAACAACUUGUGGUUCCCAAGGGAGAUUAUAAUCCAGACAUUCCAAUUGUUGAACAAACAUCUUGCCUUCCAUAUGAUUCCCGGUGGGAAUUUCCUAAAGAACGUCUCCACUUAGGUAUGAUUCUUGGACAAGGAGCUUUUGGUAGAGUAGUGAAAGCUGAAGCCAUUGGUAUUCAAGAUGAUGAUGAUGUUACAACUGUUGCUGUUAAAAUGGUCAAAGAUUGCACUGACCGUGAACAAAUGCAAGCUUUAUUGUCUGAACUGAAAAUUUUAAUUCACAUUGGGCAACAUUUAAACAUUGUCAACCUCUUGGGAGCCGUGACUAAAAAUAUUCGUUAUGGUGAGUUGUAUGUAAUGGUAGAAUAUUGUCACAUUGGGAACCUCCGCAAUUAUCUUCUGAGGAAUAAAGACUACUUUGUCGAUACAAUGGAGGAUGAGCUUGAACCAGGAAUGGAGAAGAAGCGCCUAUCUGAUUUUGCCUCCUCUAAGCCACAUUACGUAAACAAAGCGCAACCAGAAAGUACAGCUGAACCUAACCGUCCACUCACUACUAAGACUCUGAUUUGUUAUGCUUAUCAAGUUGCCCGGGGUAUGGAAUAUUUGGCUUGUAAGAAGUAUAUACACAGGGAUCUUGCAGCCCGAAACAUCCUCUUGGCAGCUGAUGAUGUAGUGAAAAUAUGCGAUUUUGGUCUGGCUAAAAAUUGUUACAAGUCUGCUGAAUACCACAAGAAAGGAGAUACACCUGUUCCUAUUAAAUGGAUGGCUAUUGAAUCUUUGACACACAGAAUUUAUACAACAAAAAGUGAUGUAUGGUCUUAUGGUGUGUUCCUCUGGGAAUUGUUUUGUCUUGGUGGCAAUCCAUAUCCAAGUGUAAAAAUUAAUGAGAAAUUUAUUGAUUUGCUAAAAUCUGGAUACCGGAUGGACAAACCCUUAUAUGCGACAGAUGACUUGUACAAAGUGAUGUGUGAUUGUUGGAAAGUUGAGCCUGGCCAACGACCCACUUUUACUCGUCUUGCUGAUACAAUGGGAAGCUUUUUGGAAGCCAGAGUUAAACAGUAUUACUUGGAUCUUAGCCAGAAUUAUGUCGACAUGCCAGCAGAGAAUUCACAAAAUGAUGGUUACCUAAAAAUGGAUGGAGGCCAGUAUACAAAAAUGUCUCCCCAAGUGCCAGAGGUAGACACUGUCACCCUGUCCAGCAAUUAUAGUCAGAAUGAAGACCUUCAGGAUUAUAUGAACCCACGAUGGGGGAACGAGAAAGCAGACUGCUAUGAGAAGCAGGCCAUGCUUCCCUUGCAGGAGGCUGGACACCUUCCAUCUGAUGCUCAUUCUAUUCAAAGAAUUAAAGCCCAGGUUCACCACCAAGAAGACAGUGACAGUGGUCAUUCCAGUGCCUAUGCUCCUGGUACAUCACCAGAUAUGAGUAAUGAAGAGUAUCUGUUACCUAAAAGCAUGGGAAAACGUCCUGAUGACUUAAAAGUGGAUGAUGCCAUGGACAGUUUUGGUUCUCCAUACCAUUAUAAUGAUGUCGCACCACCAGAUUAUAGUUCUGUGAUGGAAGAUGUUGGAGAAGAAGCUUUAUAA